AUGGCUGUUGAACCGACAAGAUGUGAUGUAUGUGUGGUCGGCGCUGGACCUGCCGGCAUCAUGUUGGCGGCUCUACUGGCAAGGUUUGGCAUCAAAGUCGAAAUUCUAGAUGAAAGGCCAGACCAGACGACAGUUGGCAGAGCUGAUGGCCUUCAGCCGAAGACCAUAGAGACGUUUCAGAUGCUACGUCUUGGGGGUGAGCUUCUAGACACAGGAGUCAAAGUGUUCGAUAUCUGCAUGUGGCGAUCCCAGGUCGACGGUAAUGGGGCCCCGGCCCUGCUCCGCGUUGGGCGUGAAAUUCACUACCCGCCUGAUGCGGUCGAUGUGCUGCACCCUUUCAUACUGUUAUGCCAUCAAGGCAUGGUGGAGGGCAUGUUCGUCGAGGAUUUGCGGCACAGUGGAUUCGAGGUCCAGCGAGGAUGCAGAUUCGAGACUUUCGGAUACGGCCAGGGUGAUGGAGGGUCACCGAUCCAAGUCACAUACAAGCAUGAGGGUUCAGAAAGGAGUCUACAGUCUAACUACCUUGUUGGCUGCGACGGCGCUCGCUCGCGGGUUCGCCAAGGGAUACCCGGAACAUAUGCGGAAGGGAACCCCCACGAUUCCUACUGGGGCGUGCUGGAUGGCGAACUCGAGUCCGACUUUCCCGACAUCUGGAGCAAGACAGUAGUUUACUCCGAGGAGCACGGCUCAGUCUUGAUCAUUCCACGAGAACGCAACCUCACGCGAUUCUACAUCGAAGUCAAGAAUCAACAGGACUCAAUUGACGAGACGUUCGUCAUGGAUCAAGCCAGGAAGAUCAUGUCACCAUACAGCCUGGAGUGGCUCUCAGUCGAGUGGUUCGGAAACUACCGCGUCACGCAACGAGUAGCAGCCCGCUUCUCCGACUCUACAGGCCAACCCCCGCGCGUCUUUAUCGCCGGCGAUGCCAGCCACACGCAUAGCCCCAAAGCAGCCCAGGGGAUGAACACCAGUAUGCACGAUUCGUGGAACCUCGGCUGGAAGUUGAAUCUCGCCGUACGCGGUCUGGCCAAGAAGGACAUCCUGCUCGGGACCUACGAGGAGGAGAGGAAGAAGAUCGCCCACGAUCUGAUCGACUUUGACUACGAGCACGCCAACAGCAUCGCCGGUGGUGACGCCAAGGCGUUGGCUGAGAACUUUCGCACAAACAUAGGGUUCAUAUCCGGCGCCGGGGUGGAAUACGGGCGCAACAUCCUCAACGACCUCGGUGCGCCCGCAAAGAGUCUUCAAAACGGGCAUGUGCUGCAAGGUGCCGCAUGUCCUGGGCGGAACCUGCCACCAGCCAAAGUGACCCGCUACAUCGACGACAACCCUGUUGAUGUCCAGCUGGAUGUACCAAUUCUGGGCCAGUUCCGCGUUUUCGUCAUUGUGCCUGACGUGAUUGGAGCGUCUAGUUUCCUGAGCAGGCUCAGCGGGUCGAUUCUGUCGGAGACAUCGCUCGUGUCGCAGCUAUCAGCCGCGGCCAACAAGUCGUACCAGGAGUCGCCUAGACCAUGCAAGCCAAAGGACGUAUACUACCGGCCAGAAAGGUACACACCACUGAGCCAGCUGUUCACAUAUGCCCUUAUAACAAAAACGGAAAAGGGGAAGUUUGAGCUCGCAUCUUUGCCGCCUCUUCUAAGCAGGAGCAAGUGGACCGUGUACCUUGACAAUGUCCCACAUCUUGACACGCAGAGCCAGAGAUGUGCGGAUAAGUGGCUCGGAAGCAUUGAAUCUGGACAGGCGGCUAUCGUUAAUGUGCGGCCUGAUGGCUACGUUGGCUCUGUCACGAAGUUCAGCACUGCUGGAGAGGAUGCUGGUUUAGAAGCAGCCCGCUCUCUAGAUGACUAUUACGGCGGCUUUUUGCAGACGCCAGGAGCUUGA